CGCUUGUGAAAAGUUCUGCUCAAGUCUUGGCUAUUGAACAGCGAAAAUCGCAGGUCUCUAUCUCAUUCCUAUCAAAAGUUAUUCAAAAAGCAACCGAGUGCCAACCAUUUUGAAACGGAGAGUAGUUAUCUUUUUUAUGCAAUGCGGAAAAACGAAAGUCUUCGAGGUGGUUCAAAAGUUAUUAAAGAAAUAGGCCCGAGCAUUCUUUUUUAUUAAUAAUACAGGGGUUUUUAAUUCAUAUAAAAGCCCAUGUAUGAAAAACUCUAGAAAAAAACUCACAUCCAUGACAGAUUUAAAAACAAAAUACAGGAUUUUAUAGGGUUUGAGUAGCUGAUUCAAAUGAUAGUAUUGAUUAUAUUUGGUUAACCUUCCCUCCCGCCGCCUUAGAUGCAUCUGUCUAUUAUACUCCUCUUUCCCAUUCAGUUAUGAGUCAUUCUCGCUUUCUCUUUAGGUUUUUUCCCACUUUUGUUUUUCUCUGUUAUAGUAUAAAAUCUGCAAUUAGCAUCAGUUUUCUUUGUCAGAAAACUUGCAAUAGUAUUUGUGUAAUGACAGAAAUAACAUAUAGAGAGCUCAAAGUUCGGGUUCAGUCGCCGAAGGCGUGGCCUAUCGAAUAUGCUCAACCAAAAUUUUACUCGUAUUUUGCUGGAACAUCAGGACCAAGUGGCAUGACUGUCAUCCUCUAUAAUGAUAAACUAUGGAGCCCAAGUACCCGGCGUUUAUUCAUUUUGAGACAACUGGAGAAAAACGGUUACAGCGAUUUGUUAGAUGGCCUGCAACUACAAUAUUACACCUCGGACAAUGGAGCAGUCUAUGAUGGUGUAACAGGAAAUUUAACUGGUAAAAUUUAUGGAAGCGUUCGUCUAGCGAAUGAUGAGGACCGUUGUUGUUACAAUACUUCGCAUGAAAUACGUGGAAGUAUUGAUCAACAUAUAAUUAGCGAACACUUAAAAAUGUCAGCUGUCCUUAAUCCAGCAACUCUAAUUGCUCGUCAAUGUCCUGAUUGUGCUAGGGAUAUAAAUAUUGCAUGUUUCUUUGUCCGUCGAAGUAAACGACAAGGAUGGAGACAUUAUAUUCGUAAAAGGUGCUGUCGAGUGAACGACGAAAUGUUACCUGGUAAUUGGACUACGCUGACAUUAAAAGACUUGAUUGACAAAUUGAAAAACUAUCCAUCAUAG